AUGUCCAAAGACUACCGAGAAGAUGUCUGUAGUACGGACAGUGGAAGCUGUCUCUCAGUUGAGGCAAUGUCACUACCCUUGGACACCAACGCAACGGGAUUCGGGGGGAAAAGAUCUAAACCAAAAGCUCUUGAAUCAGUCGAGCUAAUGGAGAUCGGUCCGUCCAAUGAGGUUCUAUUUCACGAUCCGCCUGCUGAUACCUCUCGGAAUAGCUCAGUCGAGGGUACUUUGACUNNNNUUCAAUCAUAUCCGACGCUGGAAAACAGUCUGUUGGGAUCUAUCCCACGACGGAUGGACUACUACAAACAACCCAAGUGGUCAGUGCAACUGCGGUUGAUUCGCAUGCCGAACAUAAUGACCAGUGUGAACAAUACGCCAUCCACUGUUGGUGAAGUCGUACAAACCCUCGAUCCCUCGGUUCCGUGCAAUUUGAAUACAAGCUGUAUACCUCCACCACUACCACCUCCAUCCAGUAAAGUGGAACAACUGAACGGCUUGGAGGAUUUCAUCCUGCUGGCCAAUACACCCCGACUGAUUGUACCAACCAACGUGGUAACUAUCGCUACUGCUUCACCUGUGGAUCAAUCUCCGCUCAAUUCCGCCUCUAUUCAGUCGGUUAACCGGGCCUUUGGUAUUAACAUGAAUACAUUGGAACUUGGACAGACGCAAGCAUUGAAUUCACAGCUUCACUAUACGACCUAUACCAAAUUCUCUCAUGAACAAUCCAUUCAAACACUCCCUUCGAAUAAUGUCAUCAUCGAAAGCCCAAACCGAGGAAUUGCUCAACCCCUUCUCACUCCAAUUUGGAAUUCCCAUCCUGGUUCAUCACUGUCUAAUGGAAUAAUUCAGGUAGCUACACAAACUGAACCCAUCGCUCAAACCCUUAUGUCAUCGAUGCCAAAGUGUGUCCUCGCUACGUCCAUUCAACCACUUCAACCAGUGACCAGGACUGCGACCAUUGUAAACACGUCUGAACAUAUUGCGAACGGUCCGUUUAAACCGGUUGCGGUUACAGGUGCUGCUUCUUUCCGUCUAUCGGUUCAAAGUGUGCCUGCAUCGGUAAACGCUGUGACCCUAACAGCAGUUCUUCCCUCAGUCAAUUCCUUCCCCACCCAGCUUGUGCCACCGACUAAAACGGUCCCACACGAGUCCAGUAUGCUUAUGGAUGCUGAUUCAGCCUCAUGUAAACUGACGGAAGAUAUCAGUACCCCAUCGGCACUAGCCGCAACAUCAGCAGCCGUACCAUCGACUUCGCCGUCUAUCUUACUCACACCGACGUCAACCCAUCAGGCUUCCUAUAUCGAAGUUGUUUCUGCCCCAAUAAACUGGAAGACGGCAAAUCCAACUGGUAGGAUCGCGGGACCAUCCGGAUAUCCUGAAUUAGCCUCCGAGUCGACUGAGCAUAAAAACCAACUGGACUCAACUACAUCUACCAUGGGAGGCUUUUCUGAAAUGCAUUGGGAAACAACUUCCACCGGUGUAUUGGACCCACAAUCAUCAACCAAUCCUCCUAACAAUGCGAUAAGCCUGUCUUCCAACUCUAUGAUACCAAUGUCCGUUGAUCUUGGCGAAUCGAAUCCGGACAUGCUGACGAUCCCUUGUGACCUUGAGGAUGUGAGCGCAGCUUGGACAGCUAUGUGGAGAAAUGGCGAAUUUCUCAAUCCAGAGAAUAUCAAUUUGCAAAUUGACACAGACACUGGUUCCAGCUUGCCAUGGCGCCUGACCCUAGCGAAUAUAUGGGAUGAUAUACUAUUACGUCGGAUAUCUGUGUUUGCCGUUGCACUAUUUGGUCCUCUGUGUAAUUCUGAUGUGCAUCGAUUUGCCGACUGUGUUCCUAUACUCCUGAUCGGUUGUCUAAUAACGGCGGAAGACAAUGAUGCCUGUUCCAGGUUUUCGGAUUGUUUGCCUGCAAAGCAUUAUACAAGCCAGAACGCUGUCGUUGAUGACUCCGUGGGUUCAUGUGACAAAAUAAAACUCAAACUUUCCCCAAUGUGCUCAAAGCAAACACAAAGCGCUGUGAGCAGUUGUCUAAAAUACUUGAACAACUCACAAAAGGAUGUACAAGGAUCCGAGAAAUCAGAAACGGAACCAUCUUUGUUACAGACUGGAGAACCGGUUGCGCAGACCGUGGUAAAAUUCCGAUGUAACCCAGGUGGUGCAGUUUUACUAAGUUUGACCAAGCUGAGCCAUUGUCUUGCUCAACUGACCAUUAAAGCAGUACGGCCGGCGACUCAGGAACAUUCCGAACAAUUGGCUUACCCUAUUCUACAGUACCUGGAUGCUUAUAUUGCACAAUUCGGCAAUUUUCUGGCUCAUCAACCACAACUGAUGGGAGCUUUCCUGGCGCUAAAGCUUACUGAUCCACAGUUUGUAGAGGAAAACAGUGAUGUCUCUGACUUGGACACAUCUUCACAUUUGGGCUCACUUUCAGUUGAUGUGGCUGGACGAAAGGAGAGACUUGGUAAACUGCAUAGCCAUUUUGUUCAUGUUUUCAGUGAAGCUGCCGAUACAGUGGCAUUUAGCGCCAGUCGUAAAUUAAUGUCUUCACUUAGUGGUCGAACCACGGAAUUUUCGGGUGCUUUGGAACUUCAUCCGCAAGAAGUGGCCGCUGCCAAUUCAAGAAGGGCAAUGCUUCAAGACUUUCUUACAUGGAGUCGUCAGUUUGAUGCUGCCUGGCAUGAAUUCCAGUCAGAUACUUGGCAUCAAGCCGUUGCUGUAAACCAACAGACAAAUGCCGAGGACGAACAACUUCGCAUUGCUCAUGGUUUAAAUAUGCUGUUUAGCCACGUGGCUACAAGUUCAUCUUCAGAAACAUUGUCCAAUGGGGUUGAUGGUCAGGAAUUCAAAACCAAGGAGGUAGCAUCCCACGGACUACUACAAUUAUUGCUGGACGCUAAGGCAGAAUUAUGUUUUGGGCUACAGUCGGCCCAUUAA